AGAGAGAGAGAGCAAGAGAGGGAGAGAGAGAGAGAGAGAAGGGGUGUUGGAGAGGAAGAGGAGAAAAGAAGAGGAGAGCAUUUGCUGAAACACCGGCCUGAGAGAGGAGGACUAAACGGACUGCAGGACCCGUGGGGGAGGGAGACGAGAUUAAGGGGGCCCAGGGGUUGUCUCCCCCGCUUCUCCUCAGGAAGGUCACAGGAGCGAGCCUGGGCUGGACGUGUGGCAGAGUUCUUUUUUAGGGGACAGUGUCCGAGCAAAGCCUGAAGCUGCAGCACGGACCCGACUCCAUACCUUCUGGUGACACAGCGCGAAGCCGCGAUCCACCCGCGGGCAGGCAGCGAAGCAGCGUGGGGUGACACAUCAGGAGGUAACGUGAAACAAAACGGGACUUCUCCUCACGAAACACACAAGUAAUGUGUUCUGGCUGCCACCGAAAGCUCUGUUGGAUUGACGGCAGAUGUGACUCCUGCAGUCAGCUCACACGAAUGCAAACGAAAACAUCUGAGGAAAGAGUAACUCCGCUUGUCUGCUUGGAAGCGUUCGGGACAAAAGAAACACAGCACUGACUCUACAGAUCUGUAAAGGGCUCCUUUUUGAGCAUUUAAAAGGGCACAAGCCCUCUGGAACACAGACAUAUUGUUCUAUUUACCGUAUGCCACUGAGUCAGAGGAACAGAAAUAUUCUACAGUCAUCUGUAAUUUGAGCUCCAGUGCUACAUGGUAAUUACAAAGCCUUGGAGGGAAGCAGGGGCCGUGAUUCGUAAUUAAACAGGUCUAUAAAACGAGGGAGAGGCUGAAGACUGAGGGAGAGGCCCUGGGAAAGCCUUGAAGAGGUGCAGCAACGCCCUUGAUUGUGAGGGCGACGGUAUUUUAGGAGCCAGUGCUUAGGGUUUUGGGGUGAAGGAAGGGGGGGGGGGGGUAGAGGCAGAGCGGAGACAUGGAUCCCCAGGGGGGACACUACCUGAACAAGGCCGCGCUGCUGUCUCCUCUGGGAGCUGCGCGGAUGUGCCAGCUGCUGCUGGGCUGCACCACCAUGAGCCUGGUGGCCCACCAGGCCGGGUACAGCGCCACCUACGGGACGUUCUGCAUGUUCGUGUGGUGCUUCUGCUUCGCGGUGACCCUGGUGGUGUUCACCCUGGACGUCACCCGCCUCCACGGGUGCAUGCCCAUAUCCUGGGACAACUUCACCGUGGCCUACGCCAUGCUGGCCACGCUGAUGUACGUCACCGCCUCCGUGGUCUACCCCGUCUACUUCCUGCAGCCGCAGUGCCCCGCGGACGGCUGCGAGGUGCGCGACUACCGCAUCGCCGUCACCGUCUGCUCGUCCGUCUGCUGCUUCGCCUACGGCGCCGAGGUCUUCCUCACCCAGGCCAAGCCGGGGCACGUGGUGGGCUACAUGGCCACCAUGUCCGGGCUGCUCAAGGUGGUCCAGGCCUUCGUGGCCUGCAUCAUAUUCGGCGCCCUGGCCAACGACAGCGAGUACAACAGGCACGUCCCCACCCAGUACUGCGUGGUGGUGUACAGCCUGUGCUUCGCCGUGACGGUGGUGGUGAUCGCGCUCACCGUCUCCGGCAGGACGGCGGCCCUGCGCUUCCCCUUCGACCGCUUUGUGGUCAUCUACACCUUCCUGGCCGUGCUGCUCUACAUGAGCACCGCCGUGGUCUGGCCCGUGUUCAGCUUCGACAGGAAGUACGGCAUGCCCGCCCGCCCCGAAGGCUGCCCGCGGGGGAAGUGUCCCUGGGACAGCAAGCUGGUGGUGGCCGUCUUCACCCACGUCAACCUGGCGCUGUACAUCACCGACCUGGUCUACUCUCAGAGGAUCCGCUUCGUAUCCCAGCAACCCUGAGGCCCAGCACCGUCCCCCGUCCUCCACGGAAGCCCCAUGCUUCUCCUGAGUUACUGGAACACCCCUGGCCCCUCCUAAACCCUUCCGUAGGGCUAGAUUUGGAAGAUGCGAUGGAAAACCUUACAUUGUGUCUUAUAGGCAAUUUGCCUUUGACCUCCCUAUUUUCGGAGCACCCUUCCUACCCUACUCAUGGGUCUUUUAAGGUUAGUUUAUGCUCCUUUAUUCUGGCAUCUAGGGACCCGGGCGAUGUCUUCCUCUCAGUUAGAUGGAGGGAGCAGGGGGGCAGGAGUGAUGUGUGUGUGGCCCUUGUUCUCUGGAACUGGCAUCUGCCUUCCAUUCCCUAGCAGAGGUGGGGUCCAGGACCAGGAUAUUGUCUCCAGCGCAUCCCCCUCAGCUCAUCCAUGAGGAAGAAGUGAAGAAUCUCUCCGGCAGUACCUACGCUGUCCAAUCCGCAUCUUCCCCCCUCCCCCUGUGCUCCUCCCCAGACCCUACGCUACCUCUCCUGGGGGGACUGUCCCAAAUGUGCCUCUCCUAUCUCCCCUCAAAAGAAGGAAGAUCAUUCUGCAUGCUUGACCACAACAGAGGAAGUAACACAAUGAAAAUAUAAGUGUUUAGUGGUAUCAAUAACAAAGUAUUAACCAUUUUUGAUGUAUUUAUUGUAUUUAUUGAAAUAAUUUACUCAUUUUCUUUUAUAAAAAAUAACUGGAUUGGUUAAAUAGUCAAAACAAAAUGCAGCCUCUACACUGAUAUGUGCCUUAUGAUAGUUUUCUUAGUUGAUACCUUAUUAUUUGCCGAAUAUUUGUUGGAGGGAGAAUUAUCUGGAAACCAUGCUGUGGGCUCUGCAAAGAUUCAAAGAUUCCAAUUAAAAGAUUUCAAUUGUCUUUUAACAGCAAGGGUUAACUUGAUCUUAUUUAAGUAAAUAAGCACAUGUACAUUAGUGCUGGAUCAUUUGAGAGACUUGUUUCUGUUUCUAUUAAAGGUUAAAUAUUUGAUUUA